AUGUCAACAACAGAGAACACAACAACAGUUAUAGUCCAUGAAGCUAUAAAUGAAGAAUAUGAGUACAUACAGUUUAACAAACAACUCCGUCUCAUUCGUUCGGUCAAAGACGAUAUGUACCAAAUGCAAAGUAUUUUGACAGCAUGUUUUGCUCCAGAUACUAAGAAACCACAAGACUGGUUUAGGAACCAAAGCACUAUUGAACUAUUAAAUGAAGCUGAAAAUUCGACUACGGAUUUUCUCGUAGUCGCAAAAACUCGAGUAGGUAAAAAACCCCAGUCGCCAAAACUCUAUGAAAAUCGUGAAAAAUUGCCAAACGGUUUGAGAGGAUAUUAUGUACAUAGACUUCUUGUAAAUGCUGUUGCAAUGUGGGCUUCGCCUCGUUAUGCUUGGUAUGUUUACAGACUUCUUGACGAAAUUCACAGACAAGAACGUGAAGAUAUGGAAAAGAAACUUCAUGCAAAAGAUGAAGUCAUUGAAUCCAAAGACAAAAGCAUUCAGAAAAGAAUACCACGUUCGGUACCAAAAGGAAAGGAAAAGAACUAUAAGUAUAUGAUUUAUACUGAAGAGAUGGAAAAUGAAGAAGACAGAGAUAUGGUUAUGUUGCAUUUAGUCAGAAGAAACAACAAAAGCUUUUACGACCUUGCUAAGAUUUACAAAUCUGACAGAAAUUGGUUCUAUCGCGAAAACUUACCGAUUUCAAUGACCCCAAAUGAAGAUGUGAAACAAAUAGUUCAAGAUACGUUACCUCAAACACACUAUGAUAUGAAAGGUUGUACAAUACUUACCUUCAAAGAAGAUUUGCCAUUGUUAAAGGAAAAAAUAACAGAGUAUUUGACAACUUCAAACAAGCAGAGUAA